CUGCUCAAUUUAGCGAUUGAUUGAUUUUCUUUGGCAAAUCCAAUAGAAAAGGCUGCCGUCGACAAUAAAACCAGAAGGGAAACUCAAGUUUUUUCGUUUCUUCUAACGCAUUCCAUGCGAUGUGUAAUGACAACGUAAAUCGUGGGAAGAUUCCCACCUUCGACUUCAACGCCCUUCCCAACCGAAACGCCUUCCCACCCUCUUCUCUUCUCUCUUCCUCCUCCGGAUUCCAACAGGAAAACGCACCAAAACCCCGACUUUCCCUUCUCUUGUACGAUAAUUUUUCAUAUAUUUUUCGCCCUAUUUCUUUUGUAGUCAUCUCGAUUUUGUCGGAGUCUGUGUCCUCCGCCAGUACACCUUGCAAUUUCCCUCAUCCCAAUGUGCGGCACGAAUCAGGAUUCUUGACUCUUAAUUUUUCCGCCUUUAAGGACACGAGUGGUUGUUCCGAAAACCCUAAAAAGCUCCGUCCCCUCCGCGUAGUUGGAUUUCCUCGAAUCACGACCAGUCUGCAGAUUUUCUUAUAAUUGUUCAUGUGUUCCCUUUGUAAUCUUGUAUCGCUUAAUCCAAAUAACCACCAUUUUGGCAAGAAAGACAAGGAUUUAUGGUUAUGGUGGUGCUGCCAUCAUCAAUGUAGUUUCAUUUGAAGACAGCACUUGAUGGAUACAUGUAAAGUUGAGCCCCUUGGGGCAACAGCAAAGACGAAGCCCAUUCGGACUGAAGAUAAUCCCAGGUUAGCAUUUUUGUCUCCAGAGAAGAAUGAUGUCAUCCACAGCACGCAAAAGCCCUGGAAUGUUGCUUCUAGGUACAUGAAUGGUAUUUCUUCAACUGUAUCAACUUCCAGUACACCAAGACGAUUCUCCUCUCCAAUUGGCAGUCACAGUCACACGACCCCUGCACCCUGGGUGCCAAUGCCUAAACGAUCUCAAUCAGCUGAGAGGAGAAGAGCAGGAACCCCUUCAUCAAAUAUUUCUGCACGGCCUUCCCUAUCUAGGCCUUCUACUCCAUCAUCCCCAUCUUCUAGGUCAGCAACUCCAGUACGAGAUGUUGUUACAGAAGUUCACAAUACCGCAAGACAAUUACCCAACAACAAGGCUCUUGAUGGCUUGUGGCCUUCAAUCCGAAGCCUAUCUUCUUCUUUCCAGUCAGAAUCUCUUGCAGUUUCAGUUAGCAAGAGAGAAAAGCUGGUUGCAAAAUCCUCAUCAGUGAAAUCAAUUAAUUCACCAUCAAAUGUGGUAUCUGAGAGAAAGAGGACUCCUCUAAGAGGAAGAAACACAUCUAACCAAUUAGAGAAUUUAACACCACGAGAAAACUCAAACACUAAGGUUAUAGAUCGACAUCGGUGGCCUUCCAUGAUGGGCGGGAGGCUAUCUGCAAAUGGAAGUGUGGAUCUUUCUGAUAAGGUAAGUAGAUCUGCUAGGAGAGUUGCCUCACAAAGGAUUUCCUCUAAUAAGACAGACCUCACAUCCAGUAGUGCAUCCAGACAUCCCGAGAUCUCACUAUCUAAUGCAGCUGAGCAGUCAUUUAAUGAUGAAGGUGGAAGACUGGAACAAAAUGGCAAACCAUUUGUGAAUUCUCCAUCUCAAGGUACAAUGAGAUCCUCAUCUAUGACACAUUCAACUAGUACUCAGUCAUCAUCCAUCCCAAGUCUGUGGCGCCCUUCAUCACCAAGGACUCAGUCAGCAGUCAACCCAGGUUCGCGGCACUCUUCAUUGUCAAGUACUCGGUCAUCAAUCAUCCCAGGUUUGCUGUGCCCUUCAUCACCAAGUAAAGUUUUAUCAACAUCUACAUCUAGGAGUAUGCUGAGUCCUUUGAGGAUGAGAGCAUCUACUCCAGUGUCAUUGUCAAGCAAUGUUACUAACACACUGGGUGGCACAUCCUCCAUCUUUAAGUGCAAAUCUUAUGGGCAAAGAGAAAAAUUGGGUGCAAGUGACAUAGAAGAUGCUCAUCAACUAAAGUUGCUGUAUAGUACAAGUUUGCAGUGGCGCUUUAUUAAUGCCCAAACAAAUGAGACAUUAUCAAUUCAAAGGACGGGGACAGAGAAUGUUCUUCGAAGUGUUUGGAAUAGUAUCUCAAUCUUGCGUAAUUCGGUCCUCAUGAAAAGGAUUGAUGUGCAGCAGUUGCAGCAGGAGAUGAAAUUAGGUGUUAUUUUGAUGGGACAGAUGAUGUCUCUUGAACAGUGGGCCGCAUUAGAAAAGGAACACUGUAGCUAUUUGUCUGUGGCGAUUGAAGCUCUUAACACAAGCAUUCUACGCCUUCCAGUGAUGGAAGGAGCAAAGGCAGAUGUAAUUGAUAUGAAGAAUGCUGUUAGUUCGGCAGUUGAUAUGUUGCAUGCUAUCGGCUCCUCUAUUUUUCGUUUAUUAUCUAAGAUAGAAUGUACAAAGUCCCAACUUUCUGAACUUGAUGCUGUCACAGCAAAAGAAAAAUUCAUGCUUGAUGAAUGCAGAGAGUUACUAACUUCUGCUGCAGCAAUACAGGUGGAAGAGUCCAGUCUUAGAGCACAGUUGAUGCUGCUUAGGAAUGAUGCUCGCAAUCUAAAUCAGACUGUUCGAUGGAGUUAAUAGAUGACCAGAGAUCAUACUUAUCGCGGCAAGAACAGCGGAUAGGAAGAUAGAACAGAACAUUUUUUUUUUUAAUGAAUCAUGCAUACAUACAAAAGUUAUCUUUCUAGCCUUCCCCUCUCCCAUUUUUUCUUCUUUUUCUGUAUCUCUUUGGAGGGCCGGAAUGUAUUUAUACACCAGUGUAUUUUCUGAAUCACUUGCAAAAGCAGAGAGCAAAGAAAGCCUAGGAAUAGUGGCCAUGCAAAAAGAGUGAAGUUGCAUAUUUCAUGGCUC